AUGCUAGCACGAAACCUCACUGCUGCGUUUUCCGAACAGCUCCGCGUCGUCCUGAAUAACAAUAAUCCUGUUCCACAACAAGUAUUGGAUGAUAUGGCAUAUCAAAUAAAAAAUCUGCGGGAACGGAUCGAGCCCCCUAACGAGACACCCAAAUCCCACGAAUCUCAGGAUGGGAACUCGGAGAUGUCACGUUCCAGCAAGAGAAACAAGAGGCGACGGGAGAGACCAAGGGCUCACGCAAGCCUCGGCAGAAGUGAUCCUAGAGACAGAGAGUCUAAAACCGCCUCUCAAAAUGCCCGUACUUAUUUAGAAAGCAAAAAGCAUAAGGCAUCCGAAAGCAUCCAGUCGCUGGUGGAUCGACGGAGGGAAGAGAGGAAGAGGGCGCAGCUGGUAGGAUCUAGCCAUCCAGCGAGUCCUGUAACCAUGCCGCGGAACGAAGUUGAGGUCAAAAUCCUCCCUGGAGAUCCUACGCCGAUAAUCUCUCCAAUGGCUCCUGAAAUAUUAAACAUUCCCAACUCGGGGAAAAUAAAAAUCCCAAAUAUGGCAGCGUUUGACGGAACGUCAUGCCCCGAAGAACACUUGAUGGCGUACAAGAACUUGAUGGUGCUGCACACUACCAAUCCUUCCUUGUGGUGUAAAUUCUUCCCAACUACUCUUACGGGAGCAGCCUUGAUGUGGUACACCUCCCUUCCACAAGGAAGUAUCCACAAUUUUGCCCAACUAGAAGGCAAAUUUCUGGGCCACUUUAUAGCCUCAAGAAGGCAGGAGAAAUCAAACUUCCACCUACUAAGUGUCACUCAAUUGGAAGGAGAAUCCAUAUCCUCCUAUUUGAAGAAAUUCCAUGAGGCGGUGCUAGAGGUGACGGAUUUAGAGGAAUCAGUCGCCUUAAACGCCCUUAUCAAUGGAAUGAAGGCUUAA